GGUCACCACAUUACCACAGCCGUACACAGUGAAAGUCAAGAAGUACUUCUUCCAAAGCCCAAAUAUCCCAUGUAAAAAAUAAAUAAAUAAAUAAAUAAAAUUUAAAAACAUCACAUAUCGUACAAUUCUUAGGGAGAAUAUUAAUAUAGAUGUGUGUCCUAUAGCAUGCUAAAGCAAGUUUGAGUUACUAAACAUGAAUAAUACUUUACUUCCCAUGUACACCGUACGGACCAUGACGAUUUCACAAAUCGUGUGUUGUAUAUGGUUUUAUUAAUGGCGGGCAUUCGAAAGCUGUCCCAAUAUAUCCCAAAUCACUUUGCUCUUUAGUAGUGUGGUAUUUGGGCGUGGCUAAUAAAAUGGCGAAUCAACGCCGCAUGUGUUGGUGAGCUCGCGCAGGCUCGUCUGAGGGAGACUUUUGUUACCAUAGCAACCACUAUACACAACAUGACGAGAAAGAGAGAAACGUCAACCGGAAUAAUUAUAACAGGUAGAACACCAGCACAGACUGAAAACCGCUGUAAAUAUCUGACAAAUACUACUUUUUUUUAUCGUAUUUUCUCAAAAAAGAAUUAGCUGUAUUAAGUGUUUUACAACUAUCGAGCUCAGCUAAUUGGUCAAAACGAGUCAGUUAUUAAUAAAUUAGUCUGGCUCUGUUGUUGUUAUAAACAGAUCGUUGAUAUUUUAAUCAAGCCUGAUUAGAAAAGAUGUCAGUAAUUGACGAUGAUGAUGUGUCACUCGGGGAUUCUGAAGAAAAGCCAGAAUACACAGCGUCGAAACAGGACGAGAUUGAGCCCUGUUCAUUAACACAGGAUAUAAUAGGACAGAAUCUUUCCUUAUUGUGCCGGACAGGUGAUGGACUUUCUCAUGCAUUUGUCAGACUUGACCUACAUAACAGGAAUCUGGCAGAUAUUGUCAUAUUGAGUUCAUUUGUCCAUCUGCGUUUCCUGGACAUCUCUUCCAACUACCUGACAGACCUUUCUCCACUGGCUACUCUGACCGAGCUGCUUUGGUUAAAGGCAGAUACCAAUCGGGUUCAGAGUGUUCAAGGUAAUACAAUUCAGACAGUGUCUGGCCUUGAUUAUGACAAGCUAACCAAUCUGGUGUCUCUGGAGCUAAGAGGAAACCUUUUAAAAACUACAGAUGGUAUUUACCUCCCCAACCUGCGUCGUCUUUACUUGGCCCAGAAUAAAAUAAAACGAUUAGAAGGACUGGACAAACUGGAGCACCUAACAAUCCUUCACCUUAGAGACAACCAACUAGAGACACUUGAUGGAAUCAGUGCCAGUAUGAAAUCUCUGCAGUAUCUUAAUAUCAGAGGAAACCUGGUAUCUUCCCAGGAUGCAUUAGAAAGUCUGAUGGGUGUUGCUCGCACAUUGCGGGUCCUGGUGUUGGCAGACAAUCCUCUGUCACAGACAGAUGAUUACCGGCUCAUUGUUAUCUCACGCCUCCCUCUUCUGGAAAGACUAGACAAGGGUCAUAUCUCCCUUGUGGAGCAGGUUGAAGCUCAAGAAAGAAUCAGGGAAUUCCAAAACUUCACAGAACAAGAAGACCAUUAAAUAGGACUAUAGGGAGCAAAGCUACAUUCAUUUGUAUUCAACUUCUGUUGCAUAAGAAAGAUGUUGAACAUGUUUCAGUAUAUACAGUAUCUCACAAGAGUGAGUACACCGCUCACAUUUUUGUAAAUAUUUGAUUAUA